UCGUAUAGCGUAACAGUCACAAGUCGAACGUCGAUCGACGACCAUACGCACAUAACGCGUGCAUACAAUACCAAUGAUCUAUGAUAUAAUAUUUAAAUCUCGUAUUUCGUACGCGACGUGACCGCGUAACCGCUGCGCUCAGGGAUAUAGAACACAAUACACAGAUCUACCUGAACAGCAUACAUUUUGAGGUCGUACGACGAAGAAUACGAUUUAACGAGGAGCUGUUGUACCGCGUGCACACCGGCCAAAAACAGUAGUUGUAUAUUUGUGUGUUUGUGUGUGCGCGAGGUUUGCAUGACGACUACUUGACUGAUUUAAUCCGUAACUCAAGACAUUGUCGUACACAAUACAUACCGUCGACUGCAAGACGUUUAAACGAUGUCAUAAGCCGCAGUCGCUUUUCACGAUUUUGGAAUUCGAUACGAACAGCAUCAUGAUGUACCCGGCAAAACGUCGCGAUUUCGGAAGAAAGAUGUUUGGACAUGUUUGAGUCCAUGCGCGCUUGCUGUCGAACACAUUCGAUUUAACACAUAGCUGUGUUUGAGCACCGUCAUUCCAAAAAUAAUCCUAAAACAAUGACUUACGACACCAGUGGGGUGAAACGCGAGAAGCAGUCGCCGCCGGAAGACAAUCACGAAUCAUGGCAGGCAAUGAGCAUCAUGUCAAAAGCCAAAUUCAUGUUGAAACACUGUACGGUGGAGCCGAUGCUGGGGUGCUAUAUAGUGUCCAGCGUGCUGGCAUCGCUCGCCACGCAAAAUCUGAACUUGCAGAAGGCGUGCCGGGUGAACCUCCACCUGGACAACGCCACGUGCUCGGCACUGGAGAGCCGUUCGAUGGACAACUACACGAAAGAAGACGAGGUGAUCGUUCAAGAGUUAGUGGCCGAUAUGAUAAUAUGGAAAACGAUCGUGCAGAGUAGUAUACCGUCAGUGCUGAUAAUAUUCAUCGGAUCGUGGAGCGAUCGGAAUCACAAACGCAAACCGUGCAUGUUGAUACCAAUCAUCGGUGAAUUUCUCACCAGCAUCGGCCUGUUGGUCUGUACUUACUACUUUUACGAUCUCCCGAUGGAGGUGGCCGGGCUCGUGGAGUCCGUACCGCCGGCCAUGACCGGUGGAUGGAUGACCAUGUUCAUGGCGGUGUUCAGCUAUGUAGGAGACGUGACUACGGUGAAAAUGCGCACGUUAAGAAUUGGUAUAGUGAACGUUUUCUGUUCUGUGGGCGUGCCCAUCGGCACCGCAUUAUCUGGAGUACUGUUCCGAGAACUUGGAUUUUACGGUGUAUACAUCAUAGCUACAGUAUUAUACAUAUUUGCAUUUGUGUAUGGCAUGGUUUUUAUCAAAGAAACGAAACCAGUGAUUAGUAUCGAAAGCAAAGAGCCACCGAGGGACACCUCCUGUUUGGAUUUCCUCAAGGACUUUUUCAGCCUGAGCCAUAUCAAAGAGGCCGUUCGAGUGACGUUUAAAGAAGGACAGUACAACCGAAGACUAAGAAUCAUUGCUUUAAUGGUUGUUGUCAUCGUUGUAAUGGGCCCUUUGCAUGGUGAAAUGUCUGUGAUGUAUUUGUUUACACGUGUACGUUUCAAUUGGGACGAAGUGAACUACAGUAUGUUUUCCACGUAUUCUAUGAUUACUAACCUAGUAGGUACAAUGUUUUCGGUCGGAGUGUUCAGUCACAUGCUGCAAAUUGACGAUGCUUUAAUCGGAGUAAUAUCGUGUAUGAGUAAAAUAUUGGCCGGAUUUGUUUACGCGUUUGCUACUACAGAUUUCGUAUUUUAUUUAGCACCACUAGUUGACAUCGUAAACGGCACGUCGUUUAUUGCCAUGAGAUCAAUCAUUUCAAAACUUGUACCACCAGAUGAACUAGGAAAAGUUAACUCGCUGUUCGGCGUAUGUGAAGCUCUAGUACCCUUAAUUUACGGACCAAUGUACAGCGCUGUUUACAAGGCUACACUGAAAACAGUUCCAGGAGCAUUUUUCUUACUCGGUGGUGCAUUAACUGCUCCUGCAGCUCUCAUAUUUUUAUGGAUGUACAAUGAACAUAAAAAGGAACAGAGAGAAAAAGAAGCAGAGAUCAAAGAUGAAGAAAAGAAAUCUGCUACGCUGAAGAAAAAAAAUAGUUUAGACUUCAGGAUAUCCUCUCAUGACUUCGACUUGAAAACCAUAUUAGAUAGACGAACACAGACUCAUAGAGGUUCAGGGCAAUUUUCAAGUCUAGGAUUGGACAACAUAGCAUUCCAAAUGGAAGAAGGAACUACUAAAGGCUAAUAAUCCUGAUGACUAACAAUAUGAUUGAGUGUUUUUUAUUCCUAAUGUCAUUAGGACACUACUUCGUUCAUUCGUAUCGUGUAUAAUGUGUACAUAAGUUAAGACGUCCGUGAGAAUUAUUCAAAGUUAGUAACUUAAUGUCUUUAAUUUGAUUUUCAAUUUUUUUUUUUUAUGAAUUUCUAUCGCCAUAGUUGAAAACAAACAUCAUCAUUUAUAAUUAUCGUUUUCCUGUGUAUGGAGAAUAUUAGUUUUUGGACCAAUUUGCUUUGAAAACAUUUCCAUUUACUUCCUAUAGGUCUGGAGGUAAUAUUUAUGCUUGUAGUCAUAAAUAGAAACAUCUAUAGAUGAUUUAAUGACAAUUUCACUGACCGGAUUCCAAAUAAAAAUAUUGUAUAUUAUAUAUACAUAAACUGUUAAUAAUUAGUGGUCAAGCGAUUAAUUUAAUACUCGUAUAAUACUAAUAAUAUUGUCUUAUAGACAUGAAAUACAAUUUUCCUAAUUUAUUUAUCAUGACAGACUUAAACAUCUGAACUUUAAGUUACCUAUCUUUGUACAUGCAUGUAAAUAUACAUAAAUAUAUAAAUAUAUAAAUAUAUAAAUAUAUACAUACAUGCUUAUAAAUAGUUAUACAUUAGUUAUGUUUUAUAAUAUUUCACCGCGAGGUAUUAAAAUAAAUGAACUGUUUAUAUUGGUUUGGUUGAACAAUAUAGAUUUAAGAAAAUUAAUUUAAUUUUGACCUUAUUAUUAUUAUAAUUUUUUUUUUUUUUUGUUAUUAUUAUAAAUAUAUAAUAAUAUGUUUAUCGUGUAUUAGGUGUUAAACAUUAAAAAUGUAGAAUUGUAUAGAUGUAUUACUAGAAACAUUAAAAUAGUAUUUGUUUAAAAAUAUAUAUACGUGAUAAUAAAGUAUAAGUUUGUUGAUUUUAAAUUUUUUUGAAACUUAAAACUCUUUUUUUGAUUUUGUAAAAAUUAGGAGGUAUAAUCUCUAUCGGCACCAUGGGCCAUGACUCCACUAAUAAAACUUCUAUUCAUAUAAUAGUAAUACGGCAAACCAAUACUAUUAAAAAAAAUAAUCAUAAUAAAAUGAUUAUAUUUUUACCAUUUUUAAUUACAAACAAGAAAAUGUAUAAUGUAUUUUAAUUUUUUUUAUUUAGGGAGAUAGUGAUUAAACUUUAAACAAUUAAUCUGUAAACAAUUGUUAGUUUUUAAGGUUUUUGUUCAAUAAUAGUGUAAGUAUAUAUAGUAAUGUUCAUAAGUUGUAAAUUAUACAAAAAAUAAAAAUGAUAUAUUAAAAGUUCUCAUUCACUCAUUACACA